AUGGAUGCCACAUUGUUCUCGGCCCAUCUUGUACGAGGGCUUACAGACAAAAUUUAUGAUAAACGCAAAUCCGCCGCUUUAGAAAUUGAAAGACUUGUACGUGACAAUGAAACGACCCCAGCUCACAUUACCGAAAUUAUCGAUACUCUUGUACAAGACUUUGUGUAUAAUAACAAUUCAAAUGCACGCAAUGGCGGCUUGAUUGGGUUAGCAGCUACAGCAAUUGCUCUUGGUCCUGCCGUUGCCCCGUACCUCGACAUCAUUGUUCCACCGAUCCUGUCAUGUUUCGGUCUCCCAGAUUCGCGAGUACGCUACUAUGCAUGUGAAAGCAUGUACAACAUUGCCAAGGUGGCCAAGGGCGAAGUUUUACGGUUCUUUAACAGCAUUUUUGACGCUCUAUGCAAACUAGCAGCGGAUCCAACAUUGACAGUGAAAAACGGAGCUGAUCUACUGGAUCGACUUAUUAAGGACAUUGUAUCCGAACUCUCGACAACAUACGUAUCGCCGCAUCAGGAACCAUACAACCCACCUGAAUCCGAACAAGAGACCGAUGAUUUGGUCGUGCCACGCUCAUUGCCACGCAACACGGCAUUCUCGCUACCUCGGUUUAUUCCGGUGCUCAAGCAACGAAUCUAUGUGAAAAACUCAUUUACUCGACAAUACCUCGUCUCGUGGAUUUCGGUACUUGACUCAAUCCCGGAUCUCGAACUUGUUUCGUUUUUGCCCGAAUUUCUGGACGGGUUAUUACAUUGCUUGAGCGAUCCAAGCCGUGACGUUCGAGUUGCUACGAGUGUUCUGUUGGGUGAAUUCCUUCAAGAAAUCAAGCAGGCAGCAGCUGUGCGCGACAACAAUGACUCAUAUGCGGACGAAGAGAUUAGUAGUCAUAGCAGUAGUGGAAAAGGUACCUAUGUACCAGGCCAAGGCGUGAUUGUUCAGUAUGAUAGGAUCGUCGAAACGCUCGUUCAGCAUUUGAGCUCGCCCGAAGAAGAUAUUCAACGUACAGCUUUGCAAUGGAUGAAUGAGUUUAUUUCGAUUGCUAAGGAUGUGGUAAUCCAAUUCACGCCUAGAAUUAUUUUGGCUGUAUUGCCGUGUUUGGCGCAUCCUACAUUGGUGAUUCAGACAACAGCGAAAGAAACGAACGAGAAUCUCCAGAGGCUCGUUUUGGAGGCAUCUACUCAGUCAACAACAACAACAACAACAACAGCUGAUAUGUCGUCGUCACCACCUGCGGUAAAGGCAAACAGCUCUCCUUCAUCUGGUGCUGUAACCGCUGCACCCGUUAGUGUUGCUGCUGCUGUUACGACUACUACAGCACCCACGGACCAACAGCCUCAGCAACAAGAAACAGAUAUUUCAGGAGAUCUGGAUGUGGAUGCAUCUCCACCUCAAGAUCGAUCAGUGGACGAAGAACCUUUUGACUACCAGGCGACGGUAUCUAACCUACGACUCCAAUUCUUGAAUGAAAACAAGGAUACUCGAGUGGCAAGUCUGGAAUGGCUUUUAAUGUUGCACAAAAAAGCGCCAACCAAGAUCCUGGCAUCCGAUGACGGCACGUUCCCAGCUCUACUAAAAACAUUGUCGGACUCUUCCGAUGAGGUGGUGCGACGCGACCUACAACUUUUGGCGCAAAUAUCAUCACAUUCUAAUCAUGAAUACUUUCGCCAUUUCAUGACCAACUUGCUUUCCUUGUUUAGCACUGAUCGUGAUUUGCUUGAAACCAGAGGCAGUUUGAUUAUUCGACAAUUAUGUCUAAGCUUGGACCCUGAACGGAUAUAUACCACAAUCGCUGAUAUUCUCGGCAAUGACGAGGAUCUGGAAUUUGCAAGCAUUAUGGUACAGAACUUGAAUCUAAUACUAAUCACCGCUUCUGAACUGUCUGAUUUACGGAAGCGUUUACGUAACCUGGAUCACAAGGAUGGUCAACGUCUGUUUAUUACGCUUUAUCGAUCAUGGUGCCAUAAUGCAGUAGCAACGUUUUCGUUGUGUCUGUUGGCCCAAGCGUAUGAGCAUGCUGCCAACAUGCUUCAAAUAUUUGCCGAGCUUGAGAUCACUGUGAGCAUGUUGAUCCAAGUUGACAAGUUGGUACAGUUACUUGAAUCUCCAGUGUUUACCUAUCUACGGUUGCAACUACUUGAACCUGAAAAACAUCCCUAUUUGUUCAAAUGCCUGUAUGGUAUAUUGAUGCUUUUGCCACAAUCAUCUGCAUUCUCAACCUUGCGGAACCGGUUGAGCAGCGUCUCCUCCUUGGGCUUUUUCCAUAUGAUGCCAAAUAAAAGCAUACCUCAAACAGAACCAUCGACAACAAAACUACGAGGGACAAGCAAAUCAUCAAAGACCAAUGAAGAUGGCAUCAAGUUCCAAGAACUGCUACAACACUUUAAAACAGUACAAUCACGACAUGAACGCGAACCCUCAUUCCAUAAUUAUCGUGACGAUAGCAGCAACAACAACCUUGUUAGCAAUGGUAUCAGCAAUGGCAGUGGCACGAUCAAUAAUUCCAAAGUUGGCAGCAAUGCCACGGGCACUACGAGUACCAGUAGUGGUCUAUUAAACAAACGUGGUGGUGGCAGUGGUACCGAUGGAACAGGUACUGGUAACGUGGGAAACGAUCCACGAACCGGUAACAACGGAAAUGGAUUAAACCAUCAACAUCACAACAACACUGGUAGUACAAGCAGCAGUGCUCAACAACACUUCAUGCGUGCCACUAGUCAUACUGCACGGGUAGCACCGCGGAAAACGACAGCUGCAGGAAUGGGAGGUGGUGGUGGACGUAAAUAA